CCCCCCCCUCCCCCCCCCUCCCAGAAGAGGAGAACCGACAGCCGGUGUGCGCGAGGUAUUUUUGUCCGCUAACCAUGGUGGGAAUUACGGAUAUCGUGUGCCUUCUCGUCCCGCUGGUGAUGAUCGCGGGGUCCACCUUGCCGACCGACGUGAAGAGCGCCAAGGAGGCGGAAAAAACGGGCAAUUUCAUGGAAGACGAGCAGUGGCUGUCCACCAUUUCACAGUACAGCCGCAAGAUCAAGCACUGGAAUCGCUUCAGAGACGAUGAUUAUGUUCGUACCUGGGAUGAAAAUCAAGGCUCUAAUGACAAUGUAGACACCACCAAGGACCCCUGUCAAAAGGUUAAGUGCAGCCGACACAAAGUGUGUAUCGCCCAGGGCUACUCGAGAGCGGUGUGCGUCAACCGCAAGAAACUUGAACACAGACUGAAGCAGCCGGCUCUCAGGUCUCCUGAUGGAAACUGUCAGCCCUGUCCCAUCUCCUCCACCGGGCCUGUGUGCGGAUCAGACGGACACAACUACGCCUCCAAGUGCAAGCUGGAGCAGCAAGCAUGUCUUACUGGGAAGGAUCUUACCCUGAAGUGUUCAGGUCUGUGUCCUUGUCCAACAGCUGCCCCUACAUCCAAGGAGAGUAAACAUGAGAGCUGCACCGGACAGGAUCUGGCUGAUCUCGGGGAGCGUCUGAGGGACUGGUUCCAACUCCUGCAGACCAAUGCCAAGCAGAACAACAAUAGCAAGCCUGGGGCAAGAACCACUGCAGCCGGCACUACAUCAGUGCUGGACAGGAGCCUGGUGGCCAGCUGUAAGGACUCUAUAGGCUGGAUGUUUUCCAAGUUGGACACCAACGGCGACUUGUACCUGGAUCAGGCUGAACUGGCUGCCAUCAACCUGGAUAAGUAUGAGGUCUGCAUUCGUCCCUUCUUCAACUCCUGCGACUCCUACAAGGACGGCAAAGUCUCCACCGCUGAGUGGUGCCUCUGCUUCUGGAGAGAGAAGCCCCCCUGCCUGUCUGAACUCGAGAGGAUCCAAGUCCUAGACGGUGGCAAGAGGAAGUUCGGUCGAUUCAUCCCCAGCUGUGACGAGGACGGCUACUACAGGAAGCAGCAGUGCGAGAGGGGGGAGUGCUGGUGUGUCGAUCAAAAUGGAGGAGAAGUAGCCGGAUCUCGGAUUCGUGGCAAGCCAGAUUGCGAUGAUGAAAUGGCGUAUUCAGGUGAUUUUGGCAGCGGCGUUGGAUGGGAAGACGAGGAAGAGAAAGAAGCUGAGGAAACUGCAGAAGAGGCUGAAGAGGAAGAAGGAGAAGUGGGAGAGGUGGAUGAUGGGGGCUAUAUCUGGUAAAAGCCAAACAUGCAGUCCAACCUUCCUGCAAGAGCGUUUCGAUGGUCCCAAACACAAACACACACAUAUACAGAUCCUACUAAAGAGAUGGAUGUGAUCAAGCUCACAUACUCAGAACAAAAAAAAAAGCUUAUGACAGGCAGGUGGGGUGAGUGGGUUGUACAGGUGUGGAGAGGGAACAUGCAUAUGUCACGGGAGUGUUUAAUGUUAUAGGAUGUUCUUAAACUGGGCAGGGGACGGGGAAAUAUCACUAUCAGGAUAUUAUGGGUCUGGAGUCCAGAAAUUUGUCCCCCAUACUUGUGAAUCUAUGUUCUCUUCUGUUGUAUGUCCUUUGAACCAUCUUUGAGCAGAUUUAGCUGAUACAUAAUGGAGACCUUAAGCAGUUGCAGGUGCUUGCAUUAAAAAAAAAAAAAAAAAGACUGGGUGCAUUUCAAUAGUCUAAAUUUGCUUCUUUCAUCUUUUUAUUUCCACAGAUGAACAACAUUUAGAUAACCAGUUUUGAUUUGAGUCAGAAAACCGGUGAUAAAGAGAGGAAGCCACUUUAGACUAUUGAAAAGCACCCUUUGACUCUCCUGUUUUCAUGUCAUACGCUUCAGCUCAUGUGUGACAGUAGUGCUCUGUCUCAUUCAUGACUUAUUAAAAAAAAGGUUUCUCACGCAUCACUCCUUAGCUUGUAAAUAAUGUGUGUAUCAGAAGACAGAUUGUCACCUAUUAGUCCCGUUAUCAAUGCCUUGAAAGACUAGCAGAAAAUGCUGCUUGGUUGACAAGUGUAUAUCGUAUCAUGAUGUGGAUCAAUUAUUGUGUUUAUUAAAAAAAUUAAAUAAACUGGUCUAUGUGGCCGAGCUGGCCACCGUA